UCGCCGUCGGAUAAGUACGUGUUAGUGAAGCACAUCAUCGAAAGCAAACUGAAUCCCAACCGAGAGGUGGUGGCCGUGACGGGCGACGGCACGAACGACGGGCCGGCCCUCAAGAAGGCGGACGUGGGCUUCGCGAUGGGCAUCGCGGGCACGGAUGUGGCGAAGGAGGCGUCGGACAUAAUACUGACUGACGACAACUUCUCGUCGAUCGUCAAGGCGGUCAUGUGGGGGCGCAAUGUGUACGACUCGAUCGCCAAGUUCUUGCAAUUCCAGCUCACCGUCAAUGUCGUGGCAGUGAUCGUGGCGUUUGUCGGCGCCUGUGCUAUAGAGGACAGUCCACUAAAAGCGGUUCAGAUGCUGUGGGUGAACCUGAUAAUGGACACGUUAGCCUCAUUAGCCUUGGCUACAGAGAUGCCGACCUCAUCGCUACUGUUACGCAAGCCGUACGGCCGCACGAAACCACUCAUAUCGCGAACAAUGAUGAAGAAUAUCAUUGGACAUGCAAUUUAUCAAUUGGUUGUUAUAUUUUUCCUUUUGUUUGGAGGUACGCAUAACCAGGAUCACUUUCAUAAAUGCUUGAUCAGGGUGUCAAACAUUGGUAGUAGACUAACAAACUUCGUGUCGAAAGACUUGCUCUAA